CGAGCGUCCAGCCCUUUUCUGUUGCACCACCAAUUCGGGGUUGAUCGAUCAUUCUCUGUGCAUCUGCCCUGGUUCUCAAUUCAUUGCCCGCCUGGGACCCAACCCGAUCUCCGAAUUGGGAAAAAUCCGUACCGCAGCACCCCGAUUCCCGCCACAGUCAAGUACGACAAAGACAAACAAUGCCACCAAAGCGAGGGAAGAAGGCUGCGGCCAAGCCGGCUUUGGAUGGUUGCAUCCUCGCUCUCAGCGGAACUUUCCCUGGGGCAACGCACGCGGCGAUAAAGGCGAAAGCUGAAUCGCUCGGAGCGACUGUCGCCAUCAGCGUGACAGACAAUGUUACACACCUUGUGACAACCGACAACGACUAUAACAAGCCAUCUUCCAAGGUCGCCAAAGCCCAGUCACUCGGGACCCACAUUAUCAGCUUGGAUUGGUUGUUGGCCUGUGAGACGAACAACACUCGGGAACCAGAGAAAGAUUACACCAUUGGGAAGCCCACCGCAGGCAGUUCCGCUCAGCCAGAUGCGUCUAAGUUGGCGUCCUCCCAGAAAGGUGGAGCAACAGCAACGGAUGGUACCAGGACACGAAAGCGUGCCUCUUCCCCCGUCGCGGAUGAUGCCUCAGAUAAUGAUGCCGCCCCAAAGCCCAAGAGGACGAGAGGGCGGAAGGCAGCGGCGGUUCAGGCGGAUGGGGAGAACGACGUCAAGAUGCAAGAUGCAAACAACGCCACAAACACCGAACCCAAGGAAGAAGCGUUGGACAAGACGAAGGGCGUGGAACGGGCCGUAGGCGAGGGCCAGGUUGCGAAGAGCAAGGACAUUCAGAUCCCGCUCGACGAAGGGAGCCCUUUUUUUCAGUACAAGGUCUAUAUCGACGAUUCCGGCGUCAUAUACGACGCCUCACUGAAUCAGACCAAUGCGUCGAACAACAACAAUAAAUUCUAUCGCCUUCAGCUUCUGGUUCAACCUCAACAAGCAAAAUAUGUCACGUGGCAAAGAUGGGGAAGAGUUGGCGAGCGUGGCCAAACUCAAUGGACCAGCACAACCUCCUUGCAGGAGGCGGUUCGACUUUAUGAGAAGAAGUUCAAGGACAAAUCGGGCCUGGCUUGGAAGGAUCGGGGAAUGAAUCCCAAGCCUGGGAAAUACGCCUUCGUCGAGAGAAACUACGAAGACGAUUCGGACGACGAUGGCGAGACGGACAAGGCGGGAGCCAAGGACGACAAGAAAACAUCUGUCCGGGAGCCGCCCAAGUCAACGCUUCACCCUGCAGUGCAGUCUCUCAUGCAGCUCAUCUUCAACCCGCAGUAUUUCAGAGACACCAUGUCUUCUCUGAAUUAUGACGCCAAUAAGCUCCCUCUCGGGAAGCUCAGCAAGGCGACCAUCACGCGUGGUUAUCAAGCGUUGAAGGAGCUUUCGGCCCUCAUCGACGACCCCUCUUUGGCCGCGAACUACGGCACAAGUUACCGUCCGGCGGUUGAGCAGCUCUCCAACACUUUCUACUCGUUGAUUCCUCAUGAUUUCGGUCGCAACCGGCCCCCGGUCAUCAGCGACCAGGCGAUGGUUAAGAAAGAAAUAGAGCUUCUGGAAAGCCUGAGCGACAUGAAGGAUGCCGCCCUAAUCAUGAAGCUGGACAAGGUUGCCGAUGACGAUAUCCACCCCCUUGACAAGCAGUAUCAGGGGCUGAAGAUGGAGGAGAUGACGCCUCUCGACCCUACCAGCGCUGAGUACGCCCAGCUACAGAACUACCUCUUCGAGACUCGUGGCUACACCCAUGGACAUAAUUACACGAUCGAGAAUAUCUUCCGAAUCGAGCGCCAGGGUGAGCGUGAGCGGUUCGAGAACAGUUCUUUUGGAAAGAUGAACCAGAACCGGCGUCUGCUAUGGCAUGGCUCCCGCUGUACCAACUUCGGCGGUAUCCUUAGUCAGGGCCUACGCAUCGCGCCUCCAGAAGCGCCAGUGUCGGGUUACAUGUUUGGAAAGGGCAUUUACCUGGCUGACAUGGCGUCGAAGUCGGCCAAUUAUUGCUGCUCAUACAUUUCUGGAGGCACCGCGCUCCUCCUGCUCUGCGAGGCAGAGCUGGGUGAUCCCAUGCAAGAACUCAUCGGCGCGUCAUACAACGCAGGAGAGGACGCGAAGAAAAAAGGGAUGGUUUCGACCUGGGGUCAGGGUAGGACGGGUCCCAGCAAGUGGAAGGAUGCCAGCUGUGUCCACCCAUCCCUGGUCGGUGUGAAGAUGCCUGACACAUCGGUGCCCCCUGGCCCGACCGACGUGAAGGGAGCCGGCCUCUUCUACAACGAGUACAUUUGCUAUGAUGUUGCCCAGGUUUGCCUGCGGUAUCUGUUCCGGGUACGCAUCACAGUGCAACCGCCGGCCGCCGGAAACCGCCUAUCCAUGAGUACCUCACCCCGCCCCCAUAAACGGACAAACACCUGCGUCACAUGUCGUGCGCGCAAGGUUCGGUGCGACGGGCGGCGAACUAUCUGUACCAAUUGCGAACGCCUCGGCUUUAACUGCUCCUACGACGAGAAUGUCGGGGUCGAGGUUGUCCCGGGCGAGGGCGGUGGGACCGCCAUCUCGGUCCCGCGACGCCGGGUGCGGCAGGCCUGCCAGAACUGCCACGCCAGGAAGGCCCGGUGCAGCGGCACGAUGCCGAGCUGUGACCGGUGCCGGGCCCAGCGCCUCGAAUGCGUCUACCGCCCCGGCAAGCGGUCGCUGCCUCCGCCCGUUCCCUCAACCUCCAUCUCGGCCGCAGCCCCGUCCCCCGGUUCCCGGUCCGGGUCCGGAUCCGGAUCCGGAUCCGGGACCGGAUCAGGGAUGGAUCUCGACUCGCACACGGCCCAGGGCGCGCCCAACGACUACGGCACCUCCAGCGGCACUGCCAGCCCUGCCACGGCCGUGGAUCCGAGCGAGCCCGACGAGGCCCUGGCUCUGAAAGCCUUCGACAACUUCUUCCGCCACGUCUACCACGUCGCCAUGUUCUCGUUCCUGCACCGGCCAUCCCUCAUGGAGCUCUACCACGCGGGGUCUCUGGACCGUGCCCUCGUGCUCUCCAUCGUCGGCGUCGCUUCGCUCCUGACCGAUCUCGGACCGGGAAUGGCCGAGUACGGCAACCGAUGCAUCGAAGAGGCUGUCUCUCUGUGCCUGGCGAGCCUCGAAAAGCCGACCUUGUCCCGCCUGCAGGCGCUAGUGCUCGCCAUCAAACACCGCAUCCUCUCAAAGCGGUUCUCGAGCGCCUUCAUGCUUCACGCCAUCGCCAGCCGGUUCGCCACCGCGCUCCGGCUGUACCAGGAGAACCCGGAACUCUGCUUUCUCGCGCGGGAAGCCCGCCGCCGCCUGAUGUGGUCGAUCUACAUGAUCGACGCGUCCAUAUCCAUGGGCCAGGCCGACGUCGCUAUCUGGUUCGACGCCGAACGCCAGAUCCAACUGCAGCUCCCCUGCAACGAGCGGCAUUUCGACUUUGACCUGCCCGAUCCGACAGAACCGCUCCGGCCGCCGGGCCCCGAUCCCGUCACGGGUGCCAUUCCGCCACUACCGGACGUGCUCGGCCUCAUGGCGCUGCACAUCCGGCUCUACUGGAUCCGCUCCCGCAUUUUGCAGUGCACCUCGAAAGCGGCCGCCUCGCCAACGGCAGACGCGCUAGCCAUGCUGCCGAGCCAGUUGGCGGACUUUGCUGCAGAACUCGAAAUGUUCGAGGCGCGAUUACCUGUCUCGUUCCGUGAAAACGAGGCCAACUUUCGUUUGCGCAGUUAUUCCUCCAGGCUCAACAUCUUCAUCACGACUCAUCUCCUUUGGCGGCAGUGUCAUCUCGACUUGUACCGUCUGUUCCUCCCGGGUCUGAAGGAGGCACUCGCCCCGGCUGCUCUGCAGCAAUUGGACCCCCACUUCGUAAUGCACAAACGCCGCAGCUGCUACGAGCACGCAAGGAGGAUGGCGGACAUGAUGUCUCAGCUGCUCAGCUUGAGCAGCACAUCUACCAGCCCUCCAGUGGCCGACUUGGACCUCCCUGGUGGCGAUCUUGGUCUGGGCUUCACGCAGGAGCGCGUGCGGGAGCUUGCCACGGUCUGUCUCCGGGCUGCAAGGCAGUCAACCCCCGGGCCAGCAUCUGCUAGCAUCCAAGCCGAUAUCGAGCGCCUCAUCGCCAGCGGCUUGUCGCUGCCGGAGGGUCUUCCCGCUCCGCCUGGCCGCCCUCGCAGCCUUGAUGCCGGGGCGGGGGAACCGUACCUUGCGCCACAGCUGUCAACGCCGAGAACGAGCCACGCCGGUGCGCAACUUGGGGUUCCAACGUCGGCCCCGACUCCAGCGAACCAAAACAUGAUGGCAUCCGUCCAGAUGCCGCCGCCUGCCUCGGUAAGCCCCAUGGCAGGAUUGAAUUUGCCUCUGGCCGAGGGAGCAAUACAGGGCACGGCUCCGGUGGCACCGUCGCAGGCCAGCGGGGUGACGAGCGGAAGUAAUGCGUUUGAAGAGUUACCUGAAGGGCUUUAUUUUGGACCCGAGUUCUUCGGGAUAGAAUCGUGGUCGGCCCUUCCGCACGGCUGGGCGGACAUUGGGCAUUUCUCCGGCAGCGGCAUCCCAUAA